AUGCUUGUGGAAUGCUUCAAAUAUGACGCAAACAACAACUUGAUAGCUCUUUGUUCCGGAAGUUUACAUUCUUCCGAAACAUCCCUGAUCCUGGUGGGGGGGAUGUAUGAUGGCCCUUUUUCUUUAGGUUACUCUGAAGCGUUACAUUUUGCCGCUCAGGAAAUGGGAUCGACGUGCCUCAUCCAGCCCAUCCUUAGAAGUUCAUAUCGUCAAUUUGGAAUUUCAACAUUGGACUCUGAUGCUGAAGAUCUUUAUCAGCUUGUUUCCAAGCUAAGUUCCAAAAGGGUUAUACUGAUUGGUCAUUCGUCUGGAUGCAAUGGGAUUCUUCAUUUCGUCCACCGAUUUUUACCGACGCUUUGCUCUGAAGAGGCCGACAUGAUAAGAGGUAAAAUUUGUGGAAUCGUUCUGCAGGGUGCUGUUUCCGAUCGGCAAUACAUUGUUUCUGUACUUGGAGAGACAAAAGCAACUCAAUUUCUGGAAACAUCAAAAGCGCUGAUAUCCUCUGGACAGGCACACUCGAUCAUGCCUGCGGAGGCUGUCCCGAUGGAGCCUAUUGUUCCAAUCACAGCCAAAAGAUUCUAUUCUCUUCUCCAAGGCGAUGAUGAGAUGUUUUCGACCGACAAAAACGAGUCCAUUAUGUUUUCUGUAUCCGAAACGCUUCCAAUUUUAGUAUUUAUAUCGGACAAGGAUGAAUAUGUUCCGCACAACCAGGUCAAUCAAUCAUCGGUCGUUUCCUUUUUUUCGAAAAUCCUCCCUCAUCAUGCAAGCAAUAAGAUUGUGGUUUUAAGAAACGCCAACCACGGUCUCUCCACGCUCACAAAGGAGCAGGUGGUCGAGCACUUUAUCAAUCCCAUUGUUCAAUGGAUUGGCACUUUAUAA